CUCUUCUUCGCCAUUUUUCUCCACCGACAGAGGAGGGAGACAAGUAAGAAUUGAAGUUUUUAAAUCUCCUCAACAAUUUCAAGUCAGUCAAAUCGUGAGUGGUUUGUUUUGCUUAAUCACUGACUAUGCUGCGGACACUUCAGACUAUGGCGAGUCCGGGGAAAGACAGCUACAGGAUGAAGAGCUACAAGAACAAAGCCCUGAAUCCUCAAGAGAUGCGUCGAAGGAGAGAGGAAGAAGGAAUCCAAUUACGCAAACAGAAACGAGAGGAGCAGCUAUUUAAGAGGAGAAAUGUAUGUACACCGUCAGUUGAUGAAUCGAUGUCAGAAUGUCCAAUCCAGGAUCCAGACAUCAGCUCAACAGUACCUGUUGCCAGUGAUGGAUUCAUAACACCUGAUAUGAUUAAGAUGAUCUUCUCUGAAGAUCCAGACCAUCAGCUGAUCGCUACACAAAAAUUCAGAAAACUGCUCUCCAAAGAGCCCAACCCGCCCAUAGACGAGGUUAUUUCCACUCCUGGGGUUGUGAAUCAGUUUGUUGAGUUCCUCAAGAGGAGUGAAAACUGCACGUUGCAGUUUGAGGCAGCCUGGGCUUUAACCAAUAUUGCCUCAGGCACCUUCCAGCACACCAAGGUUGUGAUUGAAACCGGAGCUGUGCCUAUUUUCAUCGAGCUGCUGAAUUCUGAGUACGAAGAUGUACAGGAACAGGCGGUGUGGGCACUGGGCAACAUCGCUGGAGAUAAUGCAGAGUGCAGGAACUACGUACUGAACUGUGCCAUCCUGCCUUCUCUACAGCAGCUUCUUACAAAAUCCAACCGUCUCACAACAACUCGAAAUGCGGUUUGGGCACUGUCCAACUUGUGCCGCGGGAAAAACCCGCCACCAGAUUUUUCCAAGGUGUCGCCGUGCCUUAGUGUGCUGUCUCGGCUACUUUUUAGCAGUGAUCCAGAUGUGCUAGCUGAUGCUUGUUGGGCCCUGUCCUACUUGUCUGACGGUCCCAAUGAGAAGAUCCAGACAGUCAUUGACUCUGGAGUGUGCCGCAGGCUGGUGGAGCUGCUCAUGCACAGCGAGUACAAGGUGGUUUCUCCUGCUCUACGUGCAGUGGGCAACAUUGUUACAGGAGAUGACAUUCAAACACAGGUGAUCUUGAAUUGUGCAGCACUGCCUUGUUUACUACACUUGCUCAGCAGUCCCAAGGAGUCUAUCAAAAAGGAGGCCUGCUGGACAGUGUCCAACAUCACAGCUGGAAACAGAGCUCAAAUUCAAAAUGUGAUUGAUGCCAACAUCUUCCCGGUACUGAUUGAGAUUCUUCAGAAGGCAGAGUUCCGCACAAGGAAAGAGGCAGCAUGGGCAAUAACCAAUGCCACUUCGGGUGGUACUCCUGCGCAGAUCAGGUACCUGGUUUCUCUGAGUACAAUCAAGCCCAUGUGUGACCUUCUCACCGUGAUGGACUCUAAGAUCGUGCAGGUCUCUCUGAAUGGUCUGGAGAACAUCCUCCGACUGGGAGAACAGGAGGCCAAAAAGAAUGGAACAGGCAUCAACCCUUACUGUGCACUUAUCGAGGAGGCUUACGGCUUGGACAAAAUCGAAUUCCUCCAGAGUCACGAGAACCAGGAGAUCUACCAGAAGGCCUUUGACCUGAUUGAGCACUACUUCGGUGUGGAUGAGGAAGAUGCCAGCCUGGCGCCACAGGUGGACCAGGGUCAGGGGCAGUUCAUCUUUCAACAGCAGGAAGGACCCAUGGAGGGUUUCCAGCUCUAACAUCACCUCACCUUUACUGCUUUAUCAAUGUCCUUAUGUCAAGGAUCUUGUUAUCAGAUGAACUGGGUCCUGACCUAAUCUCUCCUGGGCCGGCUCCACCAGCUCCCCCCAGACCAUCCAUGUCCUCUAGGCCUUCAAAACAUCAAACAUCUCUGAAAUGACUUGGAGAUUUGUGAAUAUUGAGGUAAAUGUGAGAGGCCCAUUGAUGCUUCCCGAGAUGAGUGAGCCUGUAAGAGGCGCUCGUACCUGCAGUUAGGGAAAACAAAGCAUCCGAUUUUGGUAUAAUUCAUCUUAUUUGUCAUUUGGUUUCCUUUGAUAUUUUCUAUUAUGAAACCUGUCAAUGCUACUAAUGUCAUAAUUGGAAACCAGUCUCAUAAUUCACAUUCAGAUCCCUAUUGAAAUGUGAAAUUACCUCUUUAGUCCUCAUACGGAAAGGGAGGUAAAAAUCCCUCAACAGUCAGAUAGGAUUUUAUUCUGUUAUGAUCUAAGUUUGCAAGGGGUGCCUGUCAGAAGACUAAGCAGGUUCUGAAUGUAAUUACAGUACAACUGUAAUUCAUCAGAGACCCCCUUCCUCUUGCUGGGUUCCUUUAUUUAUUUCUUGUGUGACAGCUGAGUAGCUCAUGUUAUUCCAGUUUACAGUUCAGGCUGAGUUUCCUCUUAAAAACUAUUUUUUCUUUCCAUUCAUAGCACGGCAGGAUUGCUGCCUGUCAUAUCGUGCAUCAUGAGCAAAGAUCUCAUUCAAGAAUUGUAGCCUGAACUAGCAAAAUAAUUGGUAUGGAAUGAUUCAGGGCGGCACGGUGGACCGACUGGUUAGAGCGUCUACCUCACAGUUACGAGGACCGGGGUUCAAUCCCCGGCCCCGCCUGUGUGGAGUUUGCAUGUUCUCCCCGUGCCUGCGUGGGUUUUCUCCGGGCACUCCGGUUUCCUCCCACAUCCCACAAACAUGCAUGAUAGGUUCAUCGAAGACUCUAAAUUGCCCUUAGGUGUGAACAUGUGUGCGAAUGCUUGUUUGUUUGUAUGUGCCCUGCGAUUGGCUGGCAACCAGUUCAGGGUGUGCCCCCGCCUGCUGCCCGCUAUUAGCUGGGAUAGGCUCCAGCACUCCCGCGACCCUUGUGUGGAUCAGCGGCUCAGAAAAUGGAUGGCUGGAUGGAAUGAUUCAGUAGGGUUGAUUUAUUUGGAGGGCUUUGUAUAUCGUAUACAUAUGUGCAAGAGUGUAAAGAAACUAUUUAAAUGGCAAUGGGAUGGUAUGUAUGAAGUUAUAGUGUUUACAGUCAUGAGUGCUUCUUGACACCUCCAUAAUUAGGAUGAGGUUCACCUACUCUGAACUUGUAUGCUUAUUUUUUUUCCACUUCAUAAUGAGACUUGGUGGCUAAAGUUGUGUAAUAGAAGCGCAGUGUUAUUGUUGUUUUUUUUAUACUUGAUUCUAUCCCCCUCAACUAUACGUUAACCAUUUUUCCUGCACAUAAAUGCACAAUUGAUUACUGCAAUGUUAAUUGGUGGACAACAAGAUAUCUAUAUUUACAUGAAAACAUUUGUAAUGCAGAACUUAUUUCAUCUAGCACAUUCAACAGUGUAUAGUUUUCUAAUGUUUCUAGUUUGUAUGCUCGUAUAUAAUUCUUUGUUUUAUUAGUACAGUUCUUGUUUGAGAAUUCAUUUGCUGUGUUGUGGCUCUCAGUAGAAAUCCUGUUUGACAUCCAGCAGUCUGCGUACAGGUGAGACAUAUCAUGUAGCCAGACUUUGAGGCUUUAAUUUUGGACUAUUGAGUCACACGACGCCUGGAAGUGAAGUUGUAUUAUGGUGCUGGCAAUGCCUGUGUCUGGAAUACACACGUAAUUGUGUCUGGCAAGCACUAAUAAAUUGACCCGCUGCUGGA